CCAACCUUAGUCCUCGCUCUCGUUAUCCCGGCGGCGGCGGCGGACUGGAAGGCGCAGGAGGAGGAGGAGGAGCAGCAGCAGGCGGCGCCGAGGAGCGGCUUCCCACCCCGAGCUUGUAACCAUGGCUAGGGGAUUGAAGAAGCAUCUCAAGAGGCUCAAUGCGCCCAAGCAUUGGAUGCUGGACAAGCUUGGCGGAGCUUUUGCCCCCAAGCCAUCUUCUGGUCCUCAUAAGUCCAGAGAGUGCCUGCCUCUGAUCCUCAUCAUCAGGAACAGGCUCAAGUAUGCUCUGACAUACCGUGAGGUCAUUUCUAUCCUGAUGCAACGCCAUGUACUUGUGGAUGGCAAGGUCAGGACUGACAAGACCUACCCUGCUGGGUUCAUGGAUGUCAUUUCCAUCCCCAAGACCAACGAGAACUACAGGCUGCUGUAUGACACCAAGGGCCGCUUCCGUCUUCACCCAAUCAGGGAUGAGGAUGCUAAGUUCAAGCUCUGCAAGGUUAGGUCUGUUCAGUUUGGCCAGAAGGGCAUCCCGUACCUGAACACCUAUGAUGGCCGCACCAUCCGCUACCCUGACCCGCUCAUCAAGGCCAAUGACACCAUCAAGAUUGAUUUGGAGACCAACAAGAUUGUGGACUUCAUCAAGUUUGAUGUUGGCAAUGUUGUCAUGGUGACUGGUGGUAGGAACACUGGGCGUGUUGGUGUUAUCAAGAACAGGGAGAAGCAUAAGGGCAGCUUUGAGACCAUCCACGUCGAGGACUCUCUGGGCCACCAGUUUGCCACCCGUAUGGGUAAUGUGUUCACUAUUGGCAAGGGCAACAAGCCGUGGGUGAGCCUGCCCAAGGGCAAGGGUAUCAAGCUAAGCAUCAUCGAGGAACAAAGGAAGCGGGAUGCCGCUGCCCAGGCUGCUGCCGCAUAAAUCCUCAGAAUGUGCUUGGAGUUUUGCUUAUGUCUAGUUUGUCUGCAAGGAUAUAGAACUCUCUGUUGCCAGACUAUAUCAUGUUUAAGUUUUUGCCUGAUGGUUGUUGAUUCGUGAACGAUGUUUGCAGCUAGCUCUAAUGCUGUAACGCGACUAUCUAUCUUAUUGAACUGUUGUCGACUACAAGCCUACUUGUUUUGGUUCCCUGUUUGAUUGAGCCAUGGUGGUUAUUGUUA